CGGAAGUGGAUGCUGCUCAACACGUUUCAAUUGUAAUGGAUGGCCAGCUGACGUAAACUUGUAUCUGAUAUCAAUAAUGUUCCGAUUCUGCAUAACUGCAAAACCAUAACGUUGAAUUGGAUAUAUAUAUAUGUUACAGUAUUUCUAAAAGAACAAAAAUACAGUCAUGGAAGAUGUAACGAUAGAGACAGCCGAGGAGAUCUUAGCCAAGCAACAUCGCAAGGAGAAGAAGGACCUGCAAGCUCAAAUCCAGAGCAUGAAAAAUGCUGUCCCCAAAAAUGACAAGAAGAGGCGUAAACAGCUGACUGAGGACAUUGUGAAGCUGGAGGCUGAGCUGAAUAAGAAACACAACGAGGAGCUCCAACAACUGGACUCAUCAGUAGAGAAGACGGUGGACGAGGUUGUGAAUGGAGUAGAGUCCCUGGCUUUGGAAGGAGAGGAGGAGCAGAAAGAUGCCAAACGAGGGGGAGGUCUGUCCAAGGCACAGAAGAGACGGGACAAGAAGGCAGCCGCGGAGAAGGAGAGAGAGCGUCGUAUAGCGGAGGCUGAGGUGGAGAACCUGUCUGGGCUGCGACAUCAGGAGGGACUGAAGCUGUCCCAGAAACUGGUGGAGCGCCAGCUGCAGAUCAGGGAGAUUUCCUCAGAUGGUCACUGUAUGUACCGUGCUGUGGAGGACCAGUUGGGGCAGCAUGGCUUAGGUCUGACCCUGAAGGACCUCCGGACCCAAACCGCUCAGCACAUGAGGAACCACACAGAUGACUUCCUUCCCUUCCUCACCAACGCCAACACAGGGGACAUGUACACGCCUGAUGAGUUUGACAAGUAUUGCAGUGAUGUGGCAGACACGGCCGCCUGGGGUGGACAACUGGAGCUGAGAGCUCUGACACAGGUCCUUCAACGGCCAAUAGAAGUGCUCCAAGCUGAUUCACCAGCUAUAAUGAUUGGAGAGGAGUUUGACAAGUCACCCAUCACCCUUAUUUACAUGCGUCAUGCGUACGGACUGGGAGAACACUACAACUCAGUGGAAUGUAUGAAAGACCCUGCUCCUCAAGAGGAGACCUGAGACUCUCAUUCAGUUCCAUUAUAAAGAAUGUCAACUAUACCAACUGUACCAAAUGAAUAUAUAAACACAACAUGUAAAGUGUUGGUCCCAUGUUUCACGAGCUGAAAUAAAAGGUCCCAGAAAUGUUCCAUACGCACAAAAAGCUGAUUUCUCUCAAAUUUUGUGCACAAAUUUGUUUACAUCCUUGUUUGUGAGCAUUUCUCCUUCCACCUGACACGUGUGGCAUAUCGAAAAAAGCUGCUUAUACAGCAUGGCCAGUACACAGGUGCACCUUGUGCUGGGGACAAUAAAAGGCCACUCUAAAAUAUGCAGUUUUGUCACACAACACAAUGCCGCAGAUGUCUCAAGUUUUGAGGGAGUGUGCAGUUGGCAUGGUAACUGCAGGCAUGUCCACGGUAGCCGUUGCCAGAGAAGUGAAUGUUAACUUCUCUACCAUAAGCCUCCAUUUUAGAGAAUUUGGAAGUACGUCCAACCGGCCUCGCAACCUUCAAACCACGUGCAUGGCGUUUUGUGGGCGAGCAGUUUGCUGAUGUCAACGUUGUGAACAGAGUGCCCCAUGGUGGUGGUGGGGUUAUGGGUAGGCAUAAGCUACAGACAACUAACACAACUUCAUUUCAUGGAUAGCAAUUUGAAUGCACAGAGAUACCGGGACGAGAUCCUGAGGCCCAUUUUUUUUUUUUUUUUUAAAGGUAUCUGUGACCAACAGAUGCAUAUCUGUAUUCCCAGUCAUGUGAAGUCCAUAGAUUAGGGCCUCACGUAUUCAUUUCAAUUGACCGAUUUCCUCAUAUGACCUGCAACGCCGUAAAAAUCAAGGACAUUGUUGCAUGUUGCGUUUUAUAUUUUUGUUCGGUUUAUAUGGUGUUAUCAGAUUUACAGGUUUACUGUCUAAAUGAAGUGUUUGGCAUCCAUGGAAUUUGAUGGGAGACGAGUGAGAGAGGCAAUAAUUCCACCUAACUCUGUGGCGAUUGAGAGAGUAGUUUGCCAUCACAGUGAGCUGAGGAAGAAUUGGAAGUAGCUCUUCCUUCAUCAGAUCUUGAACUCCUGAAAUCACCAUGGAAAUGUUAUGUAUUAAAUAUCGCUUUUUGGUGGUGUGAUGUUAUUUCCUGUGUGUUGUGAAUGCUGAUGGACAAUACAAUUAUCAAAAUGGUUUUCAAUUCAAUUCCACUGGAAAGACAUAAGUGUAAUAAAAAAAAUCAACCAGA